AUGUAUUUGCUUGAUCAGACCCCUCAUCAAAAACCCUUAUUUAUUCAUGAACCUGAAAAAAUUACUGACUGUCCUUCCGUUAAAGUGCCCUUUCCUCCUUCAAUUUCAGCUACGGAACUAAUAUUUCACAAAAAAGAUGGAGAAGUUCCUGCUCGCGCACCAAAUGCAUUUCUGAUAUAUCGACGAAUGUACGUUAAACAAUUGCAAGCUCAGGAUUACGCCUUUAAAAUGACCGAUGUUUCUUCUAUGGCAUCAUUAUCUUGGAAAUCGGAACCAAAUUGGGUAAAAGAUGAAUACUUGAGAAUUGCCGGGGAAGCUAAGAACUUACUCACAACUAUCCGCCAGAAAUCGUUAACAUUUUCACGUCGCAAAUCGCGAAUACAAAAUGGCUUCAACAAUCCUGCAUAUACUCAAAAAGCACUUUCUACUUCGCAAGAUAAACAAAUGUCUUUGGAAAAAACUCCACCUCAUGAUGCUCAAACUUCUACUGUCCAAACUAUUGUUCAUUCCAUGUCGAUGGAUGAUCCUCCUACCCAAUUCGCAACAUUCGAUGAAUCUUUGAAUUAUUUUGAUGCUUUGCAUGCUGACAUCACAUUUUGGUAUAACACUUCUACACUUGACUCACUUCCUAUUUUCGAUGAUGAUUUCAUUCCUUUCACCGAUAAAGGACCUGGAGAAGGGAUUGGUCUACCUUUUGCUAAUGUUCGUACAUCAUCACCCAUGAAUACCACGUUUUCUGAAAUGACCACUUAUCAUACUACUUUGCCGUUCCGACAAUAA